UCACGAGGUCCCAGCCGGAGAUUCCUCGCCGGCACCCAGCAAUCACUGAGUAAAACUUACAGGGGAGAGACCUAUCAUGCUGCUGUGUAUUUCUCUGCGCAGCAAAGAAAUACACAGCAGCAUGUCUCCCUAGUAAAACACACACCUCACAUUGUGUAGAAAAGCACACAGUUAACCCUUUGAUUGCCCCAGAUGUUAACCCCUUUCUGCCCAGUGUCAUUAGUACGGUGUCAGUGCUUUUUAUUAGCACUGAUCACUGUAUUAGUGUUAUUGGGAUGUCAGUGGCAGUUAAUUCCCACCCAGUGUCAGAAUGCCCACCUCAGUCCUGCUAUA